AGACUGCGUUUCUCAUGACAGAAACACACAUUGUCAAGCCCUUCUGGACAUGGGCGCAUUGUUCUGUUGGCAAGAGUGUGCCUGAAAUCGUGUCAUAAAAUGCUGACACAUUUGUCACUCAGUGGGAUUCUACUGUAAGUGUAAAUGCAAUCCCGAGACUGCCCAGUUUAAGAAGAAGGACUAUACUAAGCCGUGUCCACAACGAACCGAAAAUGGACACCAGAAAGGGAUGGCAGGAAAGGAUGGAAGAUGUCCAGGAAGGAAGGCCACGGAGAAUAAGAGUGGCCUCUAGAGGACAAAACGCAGCUUGGCCCGCCCCACGCUUGGUUCGAGGACUGGGAUGUUCCUGGGAUUAGUUACAUUCACCUCUGGUCAGGAUGAGGUCUGAGGCAGAAGCCAGUCCCGCGGCGCUGCUCACCGCCUAGCUCAGGAAGUCAGGGCUGGGAAAAUUGAGCCUAGUCACCCCACCUGGCGACCACAGCGGAUCCGACCCGGGCUCCAGCCGCACCUGCAGCCGCUGACCACGUGACCGCCGCCAGUUCCAUGGAUCAAACACAGAGAGGAAUCCUGGGCCAGCCCGGGCCAGUCCCCACCACCCAGCCCAAGAAGAAAAGGACGUCAGUGAUGUCUUUCUUUUCCAAGGUCUCUUGGACACUGAGGUUCCAGAAGCGGGAGUCUCUGAAGAAUGUGUUUUCCAUCUUGGCAGAAAGAGCCCAGGACCCCAACGCUAAAAAGCGCCACAUGGCAAUGAGAGGCCUGGGAACCAUGGCCAGUGAGACCCCUGACAAGGUGAGAAAGUAUAAGAAAAUUGUCCUAGACCUGCUGGUGCAUGGAUUGUAUGACCCUGUGAGUGCUGAAGUCAUCCACGAGAGCUUGAAGACACUGACCAUCAUUUUGGGCAAGAUCCAGGGGAAAAGUCUAGGCUCUUUCUUCGUAGACAUCACUCUCCAGACCAGGACUUUAUUAGAUGAUGAGAAUGACAGCAUGAGAUACUCAGCCUUCGUCUUGUUUGGCCAAUUGGCGUCCUUUGCUGGGAGGAAAUGGAAGACAUUUUUCACCAGCCAGGUCAAGCAGACUCAAGAUUCCCUCCUGAUACAUUUACAGGACAGAAAUCCCCAGGUUGCCAAGGCUUGCAAAACAACAUUUCGAGCCUGUUCUCCAUAUCUGAAAGAAAGAAAGGAAACCGGCUUCCAGACUGAAGAAGAUCAAAGGAACCCUAAACUCUGCCGGCAGCUGAGCCACUAUCAUCCCGAGCUCCUGCAGUACUUCUAUGCAAAUAAGAUUCUGUAAACACAGAGCCACAGGGAAAUUGUUCCAGUGAAGCCAGCCGCCAUGUAAGAAGCCAGAUUACCAGGAACGAAGAAGAAUGUCUGAGAUCACCGUUUUGGAGGAAAGACCAGGCUAACUGUGUGGGAUGCCACGUGGAGAGCUGAGGAACCCAAUCCACAGUGAAGUCUGAGGUCCAGGCGCAUGACGCACGUUGGCCGUUCCAGCCAGACUCCGGCUAUCCACGUGACCCAGCUAACACCAGCUGUCUCCAUGAAGCCCAUCCCAAAUUGCAAAAUUGUAAGCAAGGGAAUCAAGUGAUUGCUGUUUUAAAUCGCUAACUUCUGGGAUAGUUUGUCACUCGGCAAUAAGUAACCAAAAGAGAUUCCUAAUCACUAAUUUUGUCAUUUGGCCAGUUUUGUUUUGCUCUUAAUAAGUCCUCUUUGAGUUUAAACUGUAUUUCUAGAAAGUUAUAUUAUGAUGGAAUUCUGCGGUGAGAGCAAGGGAUGCCUUUUUUGGACGUUCUUGGACCUUUGGAUGCCUUGUUCUCCUUUUUCUAGCUCACCCUGUGCAUCACAGCACCCGGCGUGCAGCAGCUGAUCCAGAAACAUUUGCUCAGUGACUAAAUAGUUGCAAAUUGUAGGGGGAACAGCGUCCAAAGUAGUUUGCUACUCUGGGAUCUUAGCCAUGGGCUCACACUCUUCCUUUCCAGCUUUUUCUUCUGUUACUCUUUUUGCUUUAGCCAAGUUUGGCUCCUCUCUCUUUAAACCCUUCUUGGUCUCUUAUGCUCCUUUGCCUUUGCUCAGUCUCCUCCUUUUGCUUUGAAUUCCCUCCCCCCAGCCAUGCAUACUCCAGGCACACCCCCACACACAUCUCAGGUGUAUAUCUUCUCUGUACUUUAAGACUGA